AUGAAGUCGGAUUCUGUUGCCAUGACAUCUCUUGGGGAGCGUAAGCAGGGGACGGUGUGCAUCUUUGGCACUGGAGACUUUGGACGCUCUCUGGGGCUUCGUCUGCUCCAGGCAGGAUAUGAGGUCGUGUUUGGGUCACGUGACCCCAAGAACUCGGCCCUGGUGCCCAAGGGUUCAAAGGUCAUGACCCACACCGAGGCAGCUCAGAUGGCACAGGUGAUCUUUAUAGCCGUGCAGCGGGAUUACUAUCACUUCCUGAACUCGCUGACCCCUGCUCUCGAGGGCAAGGUGCUGGUGGACAUCAGCAACAACCUGAAGAGGGGCCAGUUCCCACAAUCCAAUGCCGAGUACCUGAGCAGCCUGGUUCCUGGAGCGUCUGUGGUGAAAGGCUUCAACACAGUGUCAGCCUGGGCCCUGCAGUCAGGGGCGCUGGACGGCAGCCGACAGGUGCUGGUGUGCGGGGAUGACCCUAAAGCUAAGCAAGCAGUAGUGGACAUUGCCCACAGUCUGGGGCUGACUGUCCAGGACAGGGGCUCCCUCCGUGCUGCUGGGGAGUUGGAGGACAUCCCCCUGCAGCUCUUCCCCAACUGGAGGCUCCCUCUCUGGAUCGCCACGGGGCUCACCGCCUUCUUCUUCUUCUACCUGCUCAUCCGGGACGUCAUCUACGCGUACGCCGAGAAGGGACAGGACAUUUCCUAUCGCAUCAUGAUCACCCUGGCCAAUAAGGUCUUCCCUAUCGUUGCUCUGGUUCUGCUGUCUUUGUGUUACCUGCCGGGAGCAGUGGCGGCCAUCUUGCAGCUCCACAACGGCACCAAGUACAAGCGCUUCCCUGGUUGGCUGGAUCGCUGGAUGCUGUGCAGGAAGCAGCUGGGCCUGUUGGCCUUGUUCUUUGCUGUUCUUCAUGUGGUCUACACAUUUAUCAUCUCCAUUAGAUACAAUGUCAUGCACACAAGUGACACAGAGGUCAUAACACAGAUCAGGAAGAACCAAUCCGUGCCUUUUGACAAUGCUGAGGCCUGGGCGACAGACGCCUUCCUGUCCCUGGGGGUUCUGGGCUUCGCCAUGUUCCUGCUGCUGGGGAUCACCUCUCUGCCUUCAGUUAGCAACACGCUCAACUGGAGGGAGUUCCGCUUCGUACAGUCCAAACUAGGCUACCUCACUCUGACAAUAUGCACUACUCAUUGCCUCCUGUACGGAUGGAACAAGUUUCUGAAGCCGUCCACCUACAAGUGGUUUACUCCUCCUGGGUUCAUGCUGUGCCUGGUGGUCCCCUGCAUAGUGCUGGUUUUAAAACUGAUCCUGUCCAUCCCCUGCGUUGAUCACAGAAUCACUCUGAUCCGGAACGGUUGGGAGAGGCCGACCAAGGUACAAAGUAACAAAAUGGACGUGUUCUUGGAGAAAGGAACCACUCUUUGA